AGCGCAGCAGAGCCAGCCUGGCAGGAGGACUCGAGCGCUGACUGACGGGAGGAGCGCGCGCGGCCUGGAAACGAGCGGGACUCUUUCUUCUUGGGGUUUUUGUGGAUGUGCCGGGCGCGAGCGGCAGGAGUAGGAGGUGCACAAGGAGGUCCUGCGGCGGCGACACCGAGAAGCGAGGCGCGCGCGCACCCGCGGCAGAGCGAGCAGACGGGAGUGGAGGCUUGGAGCAGCAGUAGAAGGAGCGGAUCCCCGGCGCGCGCAGAUGGAUUACCCGUACCUGAACACGUACGACUCGUGCAUGGCCGCCAUGGAGGCCUCGGCCUACGCGGACUUCAGCUCGUGCAGCCAGGCCAACACGUUCCAGUACAACCCGAUACGGAGCAGCUUCGGCGCCGCACCGGGCUGCGCGAGCCUUGGCACGGCCAGCUGCGCGCUCGGGGCGCUGAGGGAGCACCAGCCGGCGCCCUACAGCGCAGUGCCCUACAAGUUCUUCUCGGACCCCUCCGGGCUGAACGAGAAGAGGAAGCAGAGGAGGAUCCGCACCACCUUCACGAGCUCGCAGCUGAAGGAGCUCGAGCGCGUGUUCGCCGAGACGCACUACCCGGACAUCUACACGCGCGAGGAGCUCGCGCUGAAGAUCGACCUGACGGAGGCGCGCGUGCAGGUGUGGUUCCAGAACAGGCGCGCCAAGUUCCGCAAACAGGAGCGCGCCGCCAACUCCAAAAGUGGAAAUGCAGGCAACAGCGGGAACGCCAAGAAGUCAGGCGAGGCGCGCUCUUCGUCCGAGGAUGAUGAGUCCAAAGAGUCCACAUGCAGCCCAACACCGGACAGCACGGCCUCCCUGCCCAGCUCGGGCAACAUGGGCAGCCCAGGGGCCGGAAGCCUCAGCCCCAGCCCGGUGUCGGUGUCCUCGGCCGGCUUCGCCAGCACUUCCACAUCCCCGUCCGUCCACCAGGGGCUGAAGUCUCCUACUUGGCCCGGGACAGGUGGCCUGACCCCGGGCGGCCCCCAGGGGCCAGAGCUGCUGAAGACAUGGCAGCCCGCGGACAGUAUGGCCGCCGGCCCCUUCGCCGGAGUGCUCUCCUCCUUCCACAGAAAGCCGGGGGCCCUCAAGACCAACCUGUUUUAGACGUGGGCUUUUCUUCUCUCUCUUAGUGUGUGGUCCCUUACACUGUUGCUGCCUUGCUCUGUUUCUGUUUUACCUUAGAGCUGGACUCCCUUCUAAUUUAUUGUCAUGUUGGACUUGUUGGCGCUUCCACUGUCUGUGAGUGUGUAAGAGUGUGUGUGAGUGUGUGAGUGUGUGUGUCUUGAUUGUAAACAUUAUCAGCAGUUAUUAUCCAUGUCCGCCAACCACUCCGCCACUUCCCGUUAGUUGUGUCCUUUGUCCUGUUUUCCUCUCUACCAGUAACCAGCCAAUGAGGUGUUUUCUUCUAAUCUCCCAGUUUUGACUAUAGACCUGUAUUACUGAAUGAACAGCUAGUGCUGAACUAAUAACUAGAGCAUCAGAUUCACUCUUUCAGUGCACAGUGAACACCAACAAUGGUGAACUUACAUUUACAGCAUUUGACUGAUGCUCUUGUCCAGAGCGACUUACAAUUUGAUCUUUUU